GCGUUGGCAAAAUGGAAAAUGACAUGUCCAGCCCGUUGUCGCUGGUGUGCAGUGCGCUAUUGAUGCCAUUAUCGACUCGUGGCGCGGGCAUGAUGCAAAUCAAUACUUAUAUUAUUUUUUAUUUAUUAUUAAUAUUUGAUGAAACAUGAAAAAUAUUUGGGUAAAGUUAUUCAUCUAAAAAUAUGUUAGGAAUUAAAUAUAUAGAUUAAUCAAUAAACAUUACUGAAAAAGAUAUAAGUUUAAUAUUCUUUGAUAGAAAAGAUCCCGCUCACGCGGCUCACGAACGUCCAUGGAGUGACAAUAAAAAAGCAAAAUUUCAUCAUAGAAAAGUAACGAUUUUGCAGUUCAGCAUUAUUCUAAAUUCGACAAAUUACGAAAACAUCGAAAAAUAUGAACGGGCCUAUAAAAAUGCAUCGAACGAAACAAAUUAUCCACCAUAACAUACCAGUUCAACUUCCUAAAUGUAUGUACAAUCUGAAAAAUAUUCAUUCAAGAAGUACUAAUGGAGUGGUAGAUGGUUCACAUGAUCACGUUGGGGUAUCGAAGAAUAAAUUGGAUAUUUUCGACCAGGUUAAACAGUUUUUGAAGAUCAACCAGUGUGUCCCAGGGAUGGCAGAAUUAGAAGCUAAACAGGAACAAAUCCUCAAACAACUAGAUGAACUUAGGAAUCAGAUACUUUCCAUCAAACUAAGUUUGAAAAUCUCCAACAAUGCAUCAGCCAAAUCUUCAGUGCCAACUUCAACUAUUUCAACUAGGGUAAAUUCCAAGAAAACAAACCAACUAGUUGACUUGGUUAUAAACAUAAAUCCCUUGAACCCACCAUAUUCACUAGAAAUCAUUCAGAAACAAUUACAAGAUAGUGUGAAUCUUAAGUUUUCCGCUCACCUACAUUCAAGUGUCUUUUCUCUGCCAGAAGAUGCAAUUAAUUUGCAAAGUAGGCUGGUAAAUGCCAAUCUUAAAGAAGGGGUUCCAACAGUGCAUUUGAGACUUAUCUGGAAGAAUGGUUAUUUCAGGCUAUUUCCUUCUGAACAUUGGUGUGCAAGCUGUAUUUCCAUAAAACCUCUUUUUUAUAAAUACCUGGUGUAGCAAGUACAGUGUAUUUUUUUCAUGACAUUUACAAUAUAUGUGAAAUCACACUUUAGCCUUAUCUAUUUUCAACAUUUCUUUCUUGGAUUCACUCCAUUAUCUGUCCUAUUACUGGAGAAACACACUUUAUAAAACUUGAUAACCAAAUUAAAUAAUGAUAAACAGAGCAUAAUGCACAGUCAGUGAAAGAAAAGGUUAGUAGCUUAGUAGUGAGUAUUUUUGCCGAGGGCAUGAAAAACUUCUUGGUGAAGGUUGCCUUUACCCAAAAUAAGAGAACUUAUGUCAUUCUGGUCCAGGUCUCCCUAAAUUUGAGUCAGUCUCUGGAGUGCAUCUUCCAAAGUAUUCAAGUUCCUCUUGUAAUCUUGUCCCAAGAAUGUACCAGAGAUUCUCAAUGGGAUUUGAAUUUGGGCUCUGAGCUGGCCAUGCAAUGGUAGUGAUACAGACUUCCUCUAGAUAAUCUCUCACAACUCAGGUGAUUUGAGGCUUGGCAUUAUCUUGUAUCAACAAAACUCCUUACACUAUGUGGUUCUAAAAUCACUGAUAUGUACCUUUCAGCUGUAAGUGUUUCAUUUACAAUUACAAUUUCCAUGUGACCAUUCAAAGAAAUGCCUUCCCAGACCAUAGCCUGCUUCUUUUAUGCUUAUAAUGCCAAUUGAAUUCAAUAAAAUCAUGUAAUACACUACACUGUUUUACC